ACUGCUCUCAUUUUUCAAAACUGUAAAUAAACAACACAAAUAUAUUUUACUUACCAAAUUAUUGUUUAUUCUACAUAAAAGCAGCUUUUGUUAAUUUUUUAUUAAUAAAAAAAAAUUGUUAUUAUUAAAAUGUCAGCAUCACUUGAUUCUGCUUUGGAUCCCAUGGAAGAGAUUCGUUUUCGUAAGAAACACGGUGCAAUGUGGAUGGAUAUACAGAAGGAAACACAUUUCACGUUCAACGAAUUAGAACAAAUAAUGGUGAUAUUCUUCAAAAUUCAAAAGCGAGACGAUAAACCUAGUGCAUCGGAUUUGAUAUCUAGGGCCCACUUUAGGGAUGUUCUCCAUACUGGUCUUGGAAUGACUGAUGCAUACAUGAUGGAACGCGUAAUGGUGGCUUUAGAUCGAGGUACAUCCCCCUUCGUUACAAUGGCUACUUUUGCUAAAGCCUUCUCUCUAUAUCUGCGAGGCGAUUUAGAGGAACGGAUUGCCUAUGCAUUUACGUGCUACGAUUUGCUCGGUGAAGGGUCACUUAGAAGAGAGACGAUGUAUCAGUUAAUGAAGAAAAGUUUAGCCAAAGCAUCUAGGGAUGACGAUGUUGAAGAAGCAGUGAAGGAACUCGUGGACAUCAUGUUAAAACGUAUGGAUUUAGAUUUGGAUGGUGUAAUUAACUUCAAAGACUUUCACGACUGUGUAGUGAAAACUCCUUCUCUACUAGAGAGUCUUGGCUACUGUCUUCCAGAGAGACCAGCUGUUUAUUCUUUCAUUGCAACGUGGUGUCCUUCUUGGGGAAAAAUGUAAAUCAUUAAUAAAUGCAUCUACCAUAUUGUGUCAUUUCUUU